CGUACGCACACACACACACACACACGAUUAGCCUGCCCUGCCUGUCAAUUCUCAUUUAAAUGUUUUCUUUACUGCAUUAACCGUAUUGCGGAUACGAAAAUUUUUAUAGAAAAAAUUACACAUAAAUUUCCGUAAACAUGUUGAAAAAUAUUAGUAAAUUUUUACAUUAUUGGUAUUUUCGAUAUUUAAUGGUUACCGAAUUAUAUAUGGUGGAAAAAUGGGAACGAGCUGUUAUAAAUGGAUUUUUCAUCUCUUUGUUAUGCGUAUUAACAUAUUUUAAUUGUACGGUCACAUUAAGUUUAACAUCUAAAUUAACAGCAGAACUAUUUGACAGUUCACUGGGUGCCACUGAAGAUGAUGUCCUGGUUGGUCAUACAAGUCAUAUAUUUAACGAUGUAUCGAUUUUAGGUGGUAGUGAUUUAGAAUUAUAAAUUAUGUUU